AUGCUUCCGCAGAUCCCGCUGCACAGCCGUGAUACCCACAGCGGACACGGUAUUGACCUCGCCGUCUUCGCCAAAGAAACAGAACGCAAGAUCAAUAUCUUGGAUAGAGCAAUCGACGAAUAUGUCGCAACUGAACUCCGCGAACGCCACGAGAAAUACCGAAGGGUCGUGCUUGUCAGAGGUCUACGGGCGGAACACGGAUGGCGUCUCGAUCAACCCGUUGGCCAUUCGUCGGUGGGCGUCCCGGUACGAGGUGUCGAAUCGCCCCGGGGAAACCGCAGAUGA